GUUAUUUCUCUUGUCGUCAGAGAGAUAAUAGGGAGAGAGAGCUCUUCUGCUAUCGCCGCCGUGUUUCUUCCUGCAGAAGGUUCUCUGUGAUUUUCUCCUUUUAUAAGAAAAAAAAGAAAAAAAAAGAAAAAAUAGAAAAAGAAAAACCAAAACAAAGAAGAAAACGUAGAUUACUAAAAAAAAAAAAAUUGCAUAAAAAAUUAUGUAUAUCGAAAGGGUUUCGUGAAGAGAACCUUGGUCCAAGCCUAAAUUCCCUGCCAGAUUCAUCGCUUCACGUAAUCUUUUUUGAUUCUCUUCUUUCUCUCCUUUUUUUUCGCUUCCAAAUCUUAUCUUUGAUUUGACCCUUUGAUUUUGUUCGUUCAAGAUUAAAUUUUGAGUUUUGUUUGUGGGGUGGUCCCGUUUUGGAAGGAAAAGGGUGCUGGAUGAUUUGAUGAAGAAUUGUGGGUUUUGUUCUUGUAAUCAUUGGUGGGUUUCUUGGGAAUUUCCUGUUUUUGAGGAAUCUAAUGCUGGGUCUGUUUCGGACGUUGGGGUUUUGAGGAGGAUUAAAGGGGUAUGAUUAGGGCCUUUUAUUGUGAGCUGCAUCCAAUCGUGCAGAAUUGUUCUUUGGGUUCAGUCCUUUGUUGGUAAGCUGAAAAUCGGGCUGUUUUGAGAAAAUUUAUCGGUGGAUUUGUGAUACGUCAGGGUUUUAUCAAGGAUUUUAGGCAUACAACUGGAAAUUUUCUCCUUUGGAGGUGGGUUCUCUUGCAAAGACGCUGAAAUUUGUGCUGUUUGCUCGUGUCUGAGCUUGGAACUCUUUUAUCUGACGGUGGUGGCAUUUUUGUUUUUGUUGUUAGAGAUUUUCCGGUGGGGAAAUCUGGUUCUGGGUUAAGAAGAUGAGUUCCAGCAGUAUGACCGAGAAUUUAGCUCAUGAGGGCAAGCUUCUGGUUCAUAUUGCAGAAAAUGGGCAUUCAUUUGGUGUUGAUUGUAAUGAAACAACACUGGUAGAGGCGGUUAUGCAUUUGAUUGAAUCAAUUUCAGGGAUUAGCUUCAAUGAUCAGCUAGUUUUGUGCUCAGACAUGAAACUUGACCCACAACAGCCACUCUCCGUAUAUAAGCUCCCAUCCAGUGAAAGAGGAAUUUUUAUAUUCAACAGAUUAAGGUUGCAAGGUAAUUCUCAGCCACCGCCACUUGAGUCAGUUAAUAGACUUGAAGCAGCAGACCCUCCACCACCAACUUCGUCCAACACCCCUCAUCCUUUGGAUGAUGCCACAGACCCUGCUCUCAAGGCUUUACCUUCUUAUGAGAGGCAAUUUAGGUAUCAUUACCACCUUGGGCAUGCAAUAUAUAGUCGGACACAAGUGAAGUAUGAGCAUUGUGAAAGGCUGUUGAGGGAGCAGAAGGUGCAGGAGAGGGCAUUGGAUGUAGCAAAGAGUAAUAUGGAACAGUACUACAGGGUAAUUUGCCAAAAUCGCUCAGAAUUCGUGAAGCGUUAUAAGCAGCAAUAUCGUAUUCAUUCUGAUUUGUUGGCAAACUUUGAAAGGGAUAUAUACAAACUGAGAUCUACCCAGUUGCAUCCUAGCUUACAGUCAACUGCAUGCAAGUGCUUAUUAGAUUUCGUGGAGGAAGAGAGCCUGCGGAAGUCUGUGGAUAACUGCAGCAUCUCCCACAAGCAGUUUGAGAAUAAAGUUACACAAUUUCUGAACCAGACAUUUGCUGAGGUGAAGUGCAAGGCGGAAGAUCUACUUUCUUUCAGGACCUCCUUGCCUGUAAGGGACUUAGAACUAACAAUUAAGGAGCACCAGCAUUAUCUUAACGAGCAGCAAAUUAUAAUGCAGUCUCUAAGCAAAGAUGUUAAUACAGUGAAGAAACUUGUAGAUGAUGGUCUGUCUUGCCAACUUUCCUCCUCACUUCGUCCUCAUGAUGCAGUUUCUGCCCUAGGUCGUAUGUAUGAUGUUCAUGAAAAACGUAGUCUGCCCAGGAUGCAGGCUUGUGAAUGUGCAAUAUCAAAGCUGCUUGACUUUUUCAAGGAUAAGAAAAAUGAAAUGAACAUCUUUGUUCACAAUUACAUGCAAAAGAUAGCAUUUGUAUCUUUUAUUAUCAAAGAUGCGAAGUUACAGUUUCCUGUUUUCAGAGAGGCAAUGGUACGCCAGGAUGAUCUGUUUAUGGACCUAAAGUUGAUCCGUGGAAUUGGCCCUGCAUAUAGGGCUUGCCUUGCUGAAAUAGUCAGAAGAAAGUCUUCCAUGAAGCUUUAUAUGGGUAUGGCUGGUCAAUUGGCUGAAAAGCUUGCGACAAAGAGGGAAGUUGAGGUCAGGAAACGAGAAGAGUUUCUGAAAGCACAUGGUUUAUAUAUACCAAGGGAUAUAUUGCUGUCUAUGGGGUUGUAUGAUACUCCUAGUCAGUGUGAUGUUAAUAUAGCUCCUUUUGACACUAAUUUACUUGAUAUUGACAUUUCGGACCUGGACUAUUAUGCUCCUGAGUAUUUAGCAGGAUUGCCUCGCAAGGUGGAGAAGUUUAGUAACCUGAAGGGCUCAUUUUCCAUGUCCAAUGACAGUUCUCAUUCUGCUGAUGCUGAAGAGAUUGGUGUGGAUCCUGUUGAGAAGGAUGAGACUGAUGAUCUCCUUGAGGGAUGUGAAUUGGUAGAGAUAGCUGGAACUAGCAAAAUGGAAGUUGAGAAUGCAAAACUAAAGGCUGAACUUGCUUCGGCAAUAGCCCUUAUUUGUUCUUUGUGUCCUGAAACCAAAUAUGAAUCACUUGAUGAUAGUAAACUUGAUAAUUUAUUGAAGAAUGCAGCAGAGAAGACUGUUGAAGCCUUACAUCUAAAGGAUGAGUAUGGGAAACAUCUCCAAUCUUUGCUCAAGGCAAAGCAAAUGCAGUGUAUUUCAUAUGAGAAGCGUAUACAAGAACUAGAGCAGAGGCUGUCUGGUCAGUAUUUGCAGGGGCAGAAGCUUAUAAACAGUAAGGAAGCAAAUGACUUUGCCCUCUUGGCUUCAAAGGAUGUUAGUUGCAAGCCAGAAAUCUCAGGUGGUGAGCCAAAUCUGCCAUGCAUAUCUACGUCUGAGCCCAUGGAUGAAGUUUCAUGCAUCUCGAACUCCUUGGAUGCAAAGUUGGGGCUUUUUACAAGGCAAAAUAAUAAAGUUCGAGAAGGGGUCGAUGAAAAUAUGAUGGAUUCCUCUGGAAUGCUAAAUCCUCAGCUGGACUCAUCAAUGCUGGAGCUGCAUCGUGAGCAACUCCAAGUUGUUGAUAAAGAUGGGAAAGAUAAGUUGGUGGGGCAGUUAGGUAUGUCCCUGACUAACAGUUCAACUGCUGAGAGCAUGCCUGCUCCUCUGAAUUUCUUACCUCCUGAGACAGCAGUUGAGCCAGUUUCAGAUUCUAAACUCCAUGAAGAUCUUGUGUUGGAGUUGCAAAGCGCACUUUCCAACAAAUCAAACCAAUUUAAUGAAAUUGAAACCAGGCUCAGAAGUGCUAUUGAUGAGGUUGAAUUACUUAGGAGGGAGUUGGAAACAAGUCAAAAGCUUCUUGAUGAGUCCCAGAUGAACUGUGCUCACUUGGAGAAUUGUUUGCAUGAAGCGAGAGAGGAAGCGCAAAGCAAUCGUUGUGCAGCUGAUCGUAGGGCCUCUGAAUAUAGUGCAUUGCGUGCAUCUGCUGUGAAGAUGCGUAGCCUCUUUGAAAGACUUAAAAACUGUGUUUGUGCUCCUGGUGAGGUGGCUGGUUUUGCAGAUUCUUUGCGUGGUCUAGCUCGGUCCCUGGCCAAUUCCCUUGGUGAUGGUGACGAUGAUGGUACCACUGAAUUCCGCAAAUGUAUUUGUGAUCUUGCCGAUAAAGUUGGUUUCUUGGCCAGGCAUCGUGAGCUGCAUGAGAAGUGCCCCAAGAUUGAAGCUAUAAAUGAACAACUGAGGAAGGAAUUGGAAGAGAAAAAGGAGCUCGUUAAAAGCCUGUAUAAAAAGCAUCAACUUGAGAAGCAGGUAAUUUGAUUUCAACUUCUUAACAAGCUUCAAUGCAUUUAUCUUCCCUACCAAAAUUGUAUGUGCACUUUAUGUUGAAUUUAGCAUGUUUAGGUUGGUUGAACCAUGAAACGAGUCUUUAAGCAGAUCUUUUUUUCCUUUUUUUGACCUAGAGCUCUCAACAACUAUAGGGCUAUGUGCUUAAGGGGGAAGUGGUUUGCAAAUAUCCUAGUUUCACUUUCUAGGACCCAAUCCAGUUUCUGAAAUUUGAUUUUUCUGAAGUAGUUUCCCUAAGAUUUCUCUCAUGUCUGAUCCCCAUAGUCACAUAUAGUGUGGGUUUUUUUUGGCCAAAUAUAUAUGUAGUGUGGUUUGAUGAUAUUGUUUCAGGCAAACAAGGGAAAGAUUUCUUUUGGUCGCUUGGAAGUCGAUGAAAUUGCUGCAUUUGUUCUUAAUUCAGCUGGGCAUUACGAGGCAAUAAAUCGCAACAGCUCAAUCUACUACCUGUCUUCUGAAUCUGUGGCCUUGUUCACCGACCACCUCCCAAGCCGACCAAACUACAUUGUUGGGCAGAUUGUGCAUAUUGAACACCAAAGUGUGAAGCCACUGCCGCCCACAUCAGCUUGGCCCGAGCAUGGUAGGGGGGAACCAGCGGAUCACCUAACCUCAGACACAGGGACAGAUAGGUUAAGCUUGACUUCUGAGUCAAGCUCUAAUCCGUAUGGACUCCCUGUUGGAUGUGAAUACUUCAUAGUGACAGUAGCAAUGUUACCUGAUACCACCAUUCAUUCUCCACCUCCUUCCUGAUCCCUGCGCCAUGCGGCUAGACAUGAUGGAAGAAACCAAGUGUACAUACUUUUAAGACGAUAAGUGAUCUUGGUUGGAGUUGAACUUUUUCUCUAUGUACAGCUGAUGAUCCAAUUAAGUUCAAUCUCCCCUUUGUACAUAAAAUUACUCUUUUAAAUAUUUUAAUUAAAAAAAAUUGUGAAU